AUGGCGACCAAAGUGUAUAUCGUGUACUACUCAAUGUACGGUCAUGUGGAGAAAUUAGCUGAAGAGAUAAGGAAAGGAGCUGCUUCAGUUGAAGGUGUCGAAGCCAAACUAUGGCAGGUACCAGAGACGCUUCCAGAAGAAGCACUCUCUAAGAUGAGCGCACCACCAAAGAGUGAAUCACCAACCAUCACACCAAACGACCUAACUGAAGCUGAUGGGUUUGUCUUUGGAUUCCCAACAAGGUUCGGUAUGAUGGCUGCUCAGUUCAAAGCCUUCUUGGACGCAACCGGUGGACUCUGGAGGACUCAGUCACUCGCUGGUAAACCAGCUGGUAUCUUCUACAGCACUGGCUCUCAAGGUGGUGGCCAAGAAACCACCGCAUUGACGGCGAUAACUCAGUUGGUUCACCAUGGGAUGAUAUUUGUCCCCAUCGGUUACACAUUUGGUGCUGGAAUGUUCGAGAUGGAGAAAGUGAAAGGUGGAAGUCCCUAUGGAGCUGGAACGUUCGCAGGAGAUGGUUCAAGGCAGCCAACAGAGCUGGAGCUAGCGCAAGCGUUUCACCAAGGCAAGUACAUUGCAACCAUCACCAAGAAGCUCAAGGGAUCUUCUACUGCUUAGAGAUCUUUGGAAAAAGAUAGCAAUAAGAAGAAAAAAAAGAAAACAAGACCCGGUUUGGUUUCUCUGCUCUUUUUCCAUACACAAUCAUAUAUUAUUCUCUCUUCUUGUGAUUUCUUUUGUGUUUUGAUAAUUAUUUUCACAACAAGCAUUCUUGUCUUGCUUUUACGUAUUAGAUAUGUAAUGAUUUAUACUUGUCUUGCACUAUUUUCU